AUGACCAAUUUUAGAGAAUCAUAUAAAAAAUUGAAGCGACUGUGUUUCAGCUUCGAUUUUGGUCUAAAUGCAAGAAAUUUCAUUCACAAGGUAGUAUCUCAUGUUUAUCCAUAUGCAAAAAUAGUAUUACCUAAUUUUAGAGCAGUUCAUUAUUUUUAUAUUAUAACAUUAGUAUUUCUUGGGUCAAUUUUAAUGUAUCCUGUUAAAUCAAUAGCUUAUAUUGAUGUUUUAUUUUUUUCAAGUGGUGCAAGUACUCAAGCUGGUUUAAAUACUGUAGAUGUUAAUAAUAUAUCAUUAUAUCAACAAAUUUUAUUAUAUCUAAUAACAACUUUAUCAACACCAAUUUUUAUUCAUGGUUCAUUAUUAUUUGUUAGAUUAUAUUAUUUUGAAAGACAUUUUGAUGGAAUUAGAGAAAAAUCAAAAUUAGAUUUUAAAAUGAGAAGAUCAGCAACAAUUUCAAGACAAAAAUCUAAUCCUUCACAUGAUGCAACUCGUGUAAAUACCGCAACAAAUAAAGGAUUGGGAUUUUAUGAUAAAGAAGAAGAAAUAGAAAGUCCACAAUCAUCAACACUGACACAGCAAAAUGCUGGACAUGGCGCUGUGCAACAUUAUUCUGAACCAUCAGACGAGGAAGAAGAUGAAGAAGAUGUAGAUGAUCAAAGACAAAAUCAGCACAACAAUGUAUCAAAUACCAAACAACAAGACCAUGCUAUAAAAUUUGGAGCUCUACCGCAUCCUAGAAGAAAAAAAUCAAUUGACCCGGAAGAUAUGCUUAGAUCAAUCAAUAUGAUGAAACAAAAACAAAAAAGUCAAGAGAACGAUAACAAUCAACAGCAUUCAAAUAAAUCCCAUAGAGCUGAAGAUGAAUCUAAUCCUACUGGUAAUUCAAUUCAAUUUGUGAAUAUAAGCUCACCUUCAAGAACAAGAAGAUCUUCACAUAAUAUUAAUCACCAGUUACAAUCACCAGAUAUGGAUGAUCAACAAGAUGAUAAUGAUGAUGACGAUGUUUUAGUUAUUAAACCUCCAAAUGAAACAGAAAAUUCAACAAGUCAUGAUCAAAUUUUCACAAAAAAGAAAAACCCAUCUCAACAAAUUCAAUUUGCAGCAGAAUCUAAAAGAUUACCACAUUGGUUUCAUAGUCCUAAUGGGAAUGGUGUAAAAAAACAUUAUAGACCUUGGACGAGUAAAUUAAAAAAAUCAUUUUCAAAUAGAAGAUUUUCAAGUUAUUCAAGUGAGGGAGAUGAUGAUACUGAUGGAUCUAUAGAUUCUGAACAUGCAAAUACUGAAGAUGAAGAUGAUGGGGACGAUGAUGACGAUUAUGAUGAAAGAGGAGAUACAGAUUAUGAGGAUUUGGAUAAUGUAUUAACUGAUGCUGAUAACGAAGAAGAUGAUGAUGAUGAAGAGGAAGAUGAUGACGAAGAAGUUGAUCCAAUAUCUCGAAGCAAGAAAUUAUCUCAAACUAAUCAAAAUUCACCUAAUCCAAAUGAUCAAAACGAGUCGAAACCUCAUGGUAAUAAAAUCAAUUUUGGAGAUGAUCCAAUUCGAAAUAAAAACAGAACCAAAAUCCCAAAUAGAAGAAGAAGAAGAAAAAGGAAAUUUGGUAUAAGAAAAAUUAAAACACCUGUAUUAUCAAGAGCAACAACAUCAUCUAAUAGAGAAGGUUCAAUAAGAAGUGUACAUAGUAAUGAACCAGAUAAUAAUUCAAUGGGAGGAUUAUCAAGAACAAUGAGUGGGAAUUAUUUAUCAUGGACACCAACUGUUGGUAGAAAUUCAAAUUUUAUCAAAUUAACUGAAGAACAAAAAGACGAAUUAGGUGGAAUUGAAUAUAGAGCAGUCAAAUUAUUAAUUAAAAUUGUUGUUUUAUAUUAUUUAGGAUUCUUAUUACUUCCCUCCAUAAUGUUUACUAUAUGGGUUUAUUGUAUGCCAAAUUAUAAAAAUAUGUUAAAUGAUGAAUCAAUUGUACCAGGUUGGUGGGCAUUUUUUACAGCUCAAUCAUCAUUUAAUGAUUUAGGUUUAACUUUAACUCCAGAUUCAAUGAUAUCUUUUAAUCAAAAUGCAUUUAUUCAAAUUGUUAGUUCAUUUUUAAUUGUUAUUGGAAAUACGGGUUUCCCUGUAUUUUUAAGAUUUAUUAUAUGGGUAAUGUUUAUAACUGCAAAACCAUUAUCUUUAUAUAAAGAAUCUUUAGGAUUUUUAUUAGAUCAUCCUAGACGUUGUUUUACUUUACUUUUCCCCCUGGUUCCAACAUGGUGGUUAUUUUUAAUAUUAGUUGUAUUAAAUGGUUUUGAUUUAAUUAUAUUUUGUAUAUUAGAUCUAAAAAAUGCAACAUUUGAUGGAAUUCCAACAGGAUAUAGAGUAUUAAAUGGAUUAUAUCAAGCUUUUUGUACAAGAACAGUUGGAUUUUCAGUAAUGGAUCUUUCUGAAUUACAUGCAGCUACUCAAGUAAGUUAUUUAGUAAUGAUGUAUAUAUCAGUUUUACCAGUUGCAAUGACAGUUAGAAGAACUAAUGUUUAUGAAGAACAAAGUUUAGGAGUUUAUGCAAAUGAAAAAGAAAAUGAAGCUGAUGAAAAUGCUCCUUCAAAUUAUGUUGGAGCUCAUUUAAGAAAUCAAUUAUCUUAUGAUUUAUGGUAUAUUGUAUUAGGAUUAUUUAUUAUAUGUAUUGCAGAAGGUAAAAAACUACAAAAACAAGAAUUUAGAUUUUCAGUAUUUGCAAUAUUAUUUGAAAUUAUAAGUGCUUAUGGUACUGUUGGUAUGUCAUUGGGAUAUCCAGAUGUAAAUACUUCAUUAAGUGGAAAAUUUAAUGUUGUUUCAAAAUUAGUUAUAAUAGCAAUGAUGAUUAGAGGUAGACAUAGAGGUUUACCAUAUGCAAUAGAUAGAGCAAUAAUGUUACCUGAUGCAGAUAUGAGACGUCAUGAUAGAGUUCAAGAACAACAUGCAUUACAAAGACAUAAUACUAUAGAAAGAACAGGAACUACUUUAGGUAGAGUUGCAACUUUUGCAAAUGGAGGACCAAUGGAUGGUGGUGAAAAUUUAAUAGGUAGGGUAUUAACUAAUUUGGGGAAUUUAAGAGAUAGACGUAAAAGUCGAACUAGUUCAAAUGAUGAAGGUCAUAAUUAUUUUAGAAGUAAUCAUAAUAAUAAUAAUAGAGAAAAUGAAAGUGGUCCAAAUACUGAAGAAGGAAGUGAUCAAUCAACUCAUUCAAAUAUGCCUCGUUAUUUAGUAACUACAGUUAGUCAUGUGUAA